ACUGCUUAAGCGCACCAUUCCAAUGCACAAUGAAGGGCACAAUGAAGCGAGCGCCAGGCGCCUCCCUGCUUUUGCUGCUUGCUGCUACAGCCGCCCUCAGUCUGCCCUCGGCCGCCGCAGCACCACCGGUAGUAGCCCCGGCACCCGCGGCCAUAUGGGGCGGCAGUAGCGGCAGUAGCAGCAGCACGGGGGCUGGCGGUGGUAGCGAAACUACUACACACACGCACGGGCCUGACCGACCGCCUGAGCGGCGGCGGCAGUUGCCCUCAUGGUCGCGGCGGCUCGCGCGCACGCUGCUGCGAGCCGGCAAUGGCGCGGGGCACCUCCUGGUGCUGCAGGUCUCUGCGGCCUGUGGCCGCACUGACCCGCCGCCGCCACCGCCGCCGCCACCGCCGCCAGCAGUAGCACCACACGGCAGCAGCACCGCAGCAGGUGCAGCAGCGCCGGCGGCGGCGGCCAGUCCUGAGCGGGACAAUAAUGGGCUAGCGUCCUCUCCAACUCCCACAGUGCUGACCCGCGGAGUACGAGGUGCAGGCGCUGCUACAGCCACCAGCACGGCUUCUUCAGCGGCGGGUGUGCCCGCGGCGUCAGCAGUAGCAGUCCACGACCCGCCAGCCGAGGAGCUCUGUCUGUGGCGGUACAGGAGCAGGCGAGCCGCUAGCAGCGGCGGCGGCGGCAGUAGCAGUGACGGCGGCAGCAGCAGCACGCCAGUGACGACGCCACGACGCGGCGGCAUGGAGGGCGGAGCGGGUGCGGGUGCGGGUGCGGCUAGUGCGGCUGUGGGGCUGCCGGUGGCGGCUGGGGUGGUGCAGCGGCUGCGCGUCCCUCAGGACCUGUCGCCGCUGCAUGCGCUGUGGCCGCUGGAGGCUGUAGCAUUCAGGGCGCACGUGACCGCGCUGCAGCUCUGUGCGGCUGCGGCUACUGCUGCUGCUACUGCUGGUGCUCCUGCCCCUGGCGGCGACAGUGGUGUGCCAAGCAGCAGCAACAACAACAGCAAUAGCACCCCGGCGCACGGCAUUAGUAGCAGCACCAGCAGCACCAGCAGCAGCAGCGGCGGCGCUGUGCGCCUCUGUGCGGUGGUCACGGACGAGGCGGGCUGGGUGGCGGCGCGCGAGGAGACGUUGGGUGGCCUGGAGGCGGCGUUGGGGCAUGAGGGCGCCAGCGCGCCGGCUGCCAUCACCUCCGCUUGGCAGCCCUCCUCUGCUACUGCCGACGGCGGCGGGGGUGGCAGCAGCAGUAGCGCGGGCAACGUGGGGCCGCCGAGGCUGCGGCUGGAGAGGCACGCCCCCGCGCCCGCUUUCCACACGCUCACGUGGCCGCAGCAUGGUGGCAAGGCAGGCGAGGGGGCGAAUGGAAGCUCUCCGCCGAUUCGCCACCAUCAUGUCCCGCACGGGCACUGGCAGCAGCAGCGCUUGCAAACCUACGCAAGCACAGCUGCGUGGCUUGAAGCCACGGCGCGGGGCCUGCAGGAGCUACUGCCGCGCACCCUCCAUCCUGCUGGCUCCGGUGCCAGAGAUGGCAGUAGCAGCAGGAGCUUCUGGGCCCUGCCGUCCGGCUGUGCGGGCUGGCGCGUGCGAGCCGCAGCAGGCAACGGCAGUAGCAGUAGUGUUGGCAGUAGCAGUAGACGAAGCAGCAGUGCCAGGAGCAGUGGCGGCGCCAGCAGCCGUAUGGCGGGCUGCGUGUUGCUGUUCACACCGCAGGCUGCAGCAGGCUUGCUGCGGCUGGCUGGGCUUGACGACAGUGGUGGCGGCGGCAGCGGCAGUGGUGGGGGCGGAUCCAAACAGCAAGGCACGCCAGCGCCGUCCACAACGCAAUCGCCUUUACAGCCGCCGGCACCGCCGCCGCCGCCAGAGCGGGUGCCGCGGGUGCAGCCACCACCGGUGCCGCAGCUGUCGGCGUUGGGGCCCGCUGCCAGGUCGCUUCUGCCGGCAGUCACCACGCCCUUCUACGCGCGGCUUGCCCAGAUGGCCCGCCAGGGAGCAGUGCGGCUGUCGGUGGCCGCCGCGCCGCCACCUCCUGCUCAGACUUACCUUCACCCUCAUUCUGUUCCUCCUUCAGCUCCGCUUCGCCGCUUACAGCCGCAGCCACAGCCGCAGCCGCAUCACCAGCAAUCUCAGGGCCCGCCACUGCGGCUCGCGCGGCGGCGUUUCCUGCUGUUCACGAGCGCGGGUGACCAGGGCGCGUGGCGCAUGUGGGCUGCGGCACCAACCGCCAACCGUUCGUACGAUCUGCUUGUGGCGUACUACGGCAGCCAGAUGGAAGUACGGCAUGGGCGGUUGCACAGCGGCCGCCAUGGCAACAGCGGCAGUAGCAGUGGCAGCGGCCGUACGGGCGGCGGCGGCGCAGCCGCCAACACUAGCGACAGCAGCAGCGGUGGUCGUGGCGGAAAACCUGUCUUUGGGAGUAGCAGUAGCAGUGAAGGUGGCAGUAGCAGCAGUGCGGGCCCGGACUUUGUGUACCGCUCACGUGGAUCCAAACACCAGGCUGUAGCACGACUGCACGCGCUGCUCCCCGGGCUGCUGCAGCGCUACGAGGCUGUAGCAGUGUGGGAUGAUGACCUGGCUGCCUCCCCUGGGCACAUAGACGCCAUGUUCCACCACUUUGCGGACCAGCUGGCCGGCCCGCGAGGCAGCCAGGGCGGCGUGUGGGUGGCGCAGCCCAGCCUGCGGCCAGGAAGCAAGGUGGACCACGUCCUGGCCGCGCACCAGCCCCACCUGGACCUGGCCUACACCUCCUUUGUGGAGAACAACGCCUGCGUGUUCAGGUCGGACGUGCUUUCGGCGCUGCUGGACUGCGGGCGUUACAGCGGCGAGUUGCUGGGCUGGGGGGUGGACUACGCCUACCUGCACGCGCUGGGAGGAGGGCCAGGAGGAGGAGGGGGAGGAGGAGGGGGAGUACAGGAAGGAGGGAAAGGGGGAGGAGAGGAAGUACGAGGAGAAGGAGGAGGGGGAGGAGGAGAAGUACGAGGGGGAGAGGAAGGGGGAGGGGGAGGGCAGCGGCAGGUGGCUGGAGGGACGGCGGCAGUGGCAGUGGAGCGGCGCUUCGCCAUCAUGCACCGCUUCCAGGUGCUCAACCCGCCGGCUGAGGCCAAGCCGGAGGGCGUUCGUGAGAUCCUCAAGCUCGCCAGUCAGGAGGCCCGGCAGGCGCAGUGGCGGGACUACGCAGCCCGGUACGGCAUCACGCCGCGACCGGAGGUGGCGCACGCGUGCGUGCUGAGCGCGGAGGGGGCGGCGGCGCUUGCCCGUGGUGUGCCGGCUGCCCAGGUGUACCCCGGGUAUUGCCCUGAGGCCGAGGCCCAGCAGGCAGCGGGGAUGGGAAAGCAGGGUGGCUGAGGCGGGCCAGGCGGGAGGCGCUGGGUUUGAGGUGCAGGUGGAGGGCUGGAGGCGGACUGGCGGAGGUGUGGGUGUGUGGUCGGAAGAGGGGAAGGGGAAGGAGAAGGCGCGCAUGCGCCGGCCGGUGUGGGUGUGGAUGGCGUGGUGCCGUGUGGUGAUGAUGAUGGGGGCCAGGGGGGGGUCGGGACGUGACGUCCAGCGAGGGGCUGCGGGAGGGUGUUGUGUGUAUGUGCAACCGCACAGUUGCCGUGACAGGCCGUGGGCCGUGGGGCAGGCGCAAAGCUGCGACCCCGGCUUUCACCUAAGUUUACCAACCGCGGGAGUUGCCGAGCUCGAAGGGGCAAGGUUUUAGGGGGAUAUGAAAUGAGUCAAGGAUGGCGUCCGAGCCUGCCACAGCCCCGGCAUGUAGUAGAAAUCAGGUUGUGCCUCCGGCAGAAGGGCGGGGUCAAAACCGGCUCCCAAGCAUCAUCACGGCACGAGAGCGCGCCUUUCGCAUGUCCCCGCAAACCCGCCUCCUGCAAACUACACCAGCGCCCGACGGCUAAUGGCAGUGUGGUGUUCAAGUCCUGAAUAUUUGUGCCCAGUGUUCUUUGUUGUGCCUCGGGUUCAGGAUGUUUGCGGUUGCGACGGGUCCGGACGGACACGAACAAGUUGUCGUAGCCCAGGGUCGUAGCUGAUCGGUCAACG